AUCUGUCAAACGUUACACCACUGUCGUAAAACGUCUCGCGCUGCUGUUGGAAUGGCGAUUGCUGCGACAGCGCUUUGCGGCAGCAGGAAUACCGAGGAGAAAGCAGCGACUGCCGUCGCCAGCGGAAACGUUGUCUCCUCCAAACCCCUCGGAUUUAUGCAAUAUACGGCGAACUAACUUGUAUGUGUUUGGUUUAUCCCUUCGCCCUGUGGAUGAGAUCGUGUUCGACGUUUUCCAAGCGUGAAUCCCCACCUUAAUGUGGUGGGAUGGCCACAGUGCCGACUGGGCCUAGUAACGCACUGCCUGCAUCCCCGGCUGAAAUUCCUCCUUUCCCCGGGGCUAGGAGCGCGGAGCCGGCGGGGGGAGACGGAGAACCGGUCUGCCACGGGGAGGGCUGUUUACCCGCCGGUACAGGGAAUACGUCAGGGCCGGUAAGCGAAGUGAAAGGGUCGUUGAAGGCGAAGCAGAAAAACAUGCUAGCGCGAGCUAGCCCGGCGCCGCUGCACCUUAAAAUGCAAGCCCGAGAGCAGCAGCAGGUAAACGGCUUGGCGAGCCCCUCCGAGGACGCUAACAGCCACCAACACCCAGGAAACCGACCUGACAAUCCGAGACCGUCCAUGGACAACUGUGACAGCAGCAGCAGCGGCAGCAGUGAGGAGGCUCCGGCCGCUAGACACAAUAGUGAGCAUUGCCAACACGAAGGCCACAGCCCCUUCUCCAAAAACGGCAGCCUCUCUCCCCUGGUUAACAAUAGCGUGAACGGGAUACCGGGUUUCUCAAGAGCCGACGAGACCCACAGUCACCUCGGGGGCGAAGGGAAAGAGGAGUUAGACCACACGGAGCCGCCGAGGCCGCCGGACGCUGCCGGGCCCGGUGGACAGGAGGGCAUCGCUGACCCGGAGCAGCCGCAGCCGUUGGCCGCAGAGCUGGCCCGGCUCGACCUGAACAGGUCUCCCGGCCGAGUGGAGGAGGACAGUCACGGCAUCCGAUACGUCCGCUACGAGUCUGAGCUGCAGAUGCCGUGGAUCAUGAGACUGAUCACGAAGGACUUGUCUGAGCCUUAUUCUAUAUACACGUACAGGUACUUCAUCCACAACUGGCCGCAGCUCUGCUUUCUGGCCAUGGUGGAACAGGAGUGUGUCGGAGCCAUCGUAUGUAAGCUUGACAUGCACAAGAAGAUGUUCCGCCGUGGCUACAUCGCCAUGCUGGCCGUGGAUUCAAAACACAGAAGGAAAAGCAUUGGCACUAAUCUGGUGAAGAAGGCCAUCUAUGCCAUGGUGGAGGGCGACUGUGACGAGGUUGUAUUGGAGACUGAGAUCACCAACAAAUCAGCCCUCAAGCUGUACGAGAACUUGGGUUUUGUCAGAGACAAGCGGCUGUUCAGAUACUACCUGAAUGGAGUGGAUGCGCUGCGGCUCAAACUGUGGCUUCGCUAAAGGAAAGAUGAGGGGACGGGGAUGGAGGGACGGGACAGCAGGUGCUGUUCACCCCCGAAAUGAUCAGCUUGACAGCCUCAGCUCUGCCCUGGUCUUUUCACUCUUUAUAUACACAGACACACACAGUUCAUACGCACACAUACACAUACACCUGUGCACGACCCUGCGGCGUAUGCACAUCGGUAUGCAUAGACGUGCAGACACAUCCUAUUUUUGUCCUUGACUUCUGAACAACUGUCGUUUAGGCAGAAACGGACUGAAAUCCCACCUGAUGUUUUCGUGAAGGGGCCCCUGAUACUUUCUAUGACGAGGAAGGGGCAAGUGAGGGCGGUCUCUGGGAUGACCUUGAGUAAGGGGACUUCAUGACCGUUUGACCUUCAAGCUUGAAUGCCACAGCGCUAAGAACAGGGAGGGGGGGUGUGAGGCAGCUCAGGUGAAGACGCGUGUCCGGCGCAAAGGGGGACGCAGCGCCGCACCAACCACUUCUACAGAACACAGGACAAGACUUAAAGGAAACAUCACCACGUGAAACCAGGACGCAGGGCGCUACAACAGACUGGGAAGAAAAUAAUUGUUGAGUUUCUUUUUGUGUUUCUUUUUUAACCUUGUAAGUUUAACGGGGGAUGGAAAAGCUAUAGUAUGACUGCGUGUUUGUAUUUUUUCAUGUU